AUGUACGAUCAUGAUGCCGGUACGACUGUACCCACUGGGAAGGGCGAUCGCUUGGAGGGUGGUGGUGAAGGGAGUCCCUCUGGUGCAGACGGUGCUGAUAUCCAACGCAUUGAGCAGCAGCAGGCCAACAAACGAGAACUGACCAAAAACGCGAAUGCUCGGUUCGGCACUGACGAGGAACGAUUGGCGGAAAGAAAGGAAGGGAAAACCCGUGCAGGCCAAGCGGAGAUUUUGGCCCACUACAGCUGCAUCGCUGCCUACGAAGCUGAAGCCAAAGAAAAACUACAGCAAAUGCUGGAUCACGAAGCGCAUCUGGAAGCUGAUGAGCGCGAUAGGGAGAUAGCCGCGGUGGAUAUGGAGUUAGCCGCCCUCGAGAGCGCACAAGCCGAAGAAAUGAAUCAAGCCGAAGAAGAGCAAAAGCAACUCCGCGAUCGCCAUGCGCAUUUGCUAGCCGAGCUCGAUAGGCUCGACGAGAGCGCUUCUGACCAAGAAGAGAAUCUCCCUCCUCCUCAGUAG